CGCCGCGUUAUUCCUGAUAUAUUUUUGUUAAUACCUUUAGUUUUUUCGUAAAUUAUUAAUUAUUUUUGUUGCAUAUACUUAAAUUAAAUUCGUCUACCUAUAACAUUACAAUAUUCGAUUGGUGCUUGUAUUCAUUCAUGUAUAGUUUUAUUUCUUAUGGGAUACGAUUUUUUUAAAUAUUUUCUGGUUUUAUGAACGGUUUAUACCUAUGCUUAGGUUUGAAAAACAGUUAAACAAAGGUAAAGACAUUUUGAACUGCCCCAGAACUAACUACUUGACAUCGCUUGACAAUGUUUAUCAUUUCUUAAACAUUACCUAUGUUUUUUCAAUAUUGAUGCGAACAAGUUACAGACAAAAUAACCAGGAUCGUUAAAUGAACAUAAUGCCUGAAAGAUUUAAAGUAACGAGGGCAAGAGGAGAUGACGUAACACUUAAUCAUAUUACUGAGGAGGACACUGUUACAGGAGAACUGUUAUCAUAUACACAAGAGGAGAGAGAGAACUCAAGUUUGGAAGAAACCAAGGAUAGAUUAGAUGCAAAUUUGUACUUAUAUGACGAUGAACUUGAGACCAGACCCCAUGUGUCCGCCUUCAUUUCUUCAUUGGCCAAUUAUGAAAAUACAAUACCUGCAGCAACAGAUCCUGAUGCGAAACAAGCUCCACCAGUUGCACGAAUGGGCACCUUGAUCGGAGUAUUCCUGCCCUGCAUUCAAAAUAUUUUUGGUGUAAUCCUUUUCAUUCGCUUAACGUGGGUAGUCGGUACCGCUGGAGCUGUAUGUGGAUUUCUUAUAGUGCUUACUUGCUGUUGUGUGACAAUGCUAACAGCGAUAUCAAUGUCAGCAAUUGCUACGAAUGGCGUCGUACCGGCAGGAGGCAGCUACUUUAUGAUAUCAAGAUCUCUGGGGCCAGAAUUCGGAGGAGCUGUGGGGAUGCUUUUUUAUACAGGUACGACACUAGCAGCAGCUAUGUAUAUUGUCGGAGCGGUAGAAAUUGUACUUACCUACAUGGCUCCUGGGCUUUCUAUAUUUGGAGACUUUACGAAAGAUGCCGAAGCGAUGUACAAUAAUUUUCGGGUGUAUGGGUCCGGACUUCUGGUUGUCAUGGGUCUAAUUGUUUUUCUCGGAGUAAAAUUUGUGAAUAGAUUUGCAACUGUUGCUCUUGCCUGUGUUAUAUUCUCCAUCAUCGCAGUUUAUAUAGGAAUAUUUGAUAAUUUAAAUGGAAACGAAAAACUUUACAUGUGCGUUCUUGGCAAACGUUUACUCAAAGAUGUUCCAUUAGAAAACUGUACAAAAGAAGAAGGAGGAAUGAUAUACAAUGCAUUUUGUUCAGGUGGAGAGUGCAGCGCCUAUUAUAUAGCCAACAAUGUAACCAAAAUAAAAGGAAUCAAAGGAUUAUCGAGCGGAGUAUUUUAUGAAAAUAUCUUGCCAUCAUUCUUAGAGAAAGGGCAAUUUAUAGCCUACGGAGACAAUCAUCUGGAUCGUGGUACACCUGGUGAUGUUGCAUAUAAAGAAAUUCUAGCAGAUAUAACAACCUCAUUUACCUUAUUGAUCGGUAUUUUCUUCCCGUCUGUGACUGGUAUUAUGGCUGGAUCAAAUAGAUCGGGUGAUCUUGCUGAUGCUCAAAAAAGUAUACCAAUAGGAACAAUUUGCGCAAUCCUCACAACAAGUACAGUAUAUUUAUCCUGUGUAAUGCUCUUUGCUGGAACAGUUGAUAAUUUACUUCUGCGUGACAAAUUUGGGCAGUCCAUUGGUGGAAAAUUGGUUGUUGCAAAUAUUGCAUGGCCAAAUCAAUGGGUAAUUUUAAUUGGAUCAUUUUUGUCGACGCUGGGAGCUGGUCUUCAGAGUUUAACAGGAGCCCCCCGUUUAUUGCAAGCGAUAGCAAAGGAUCAAAUUAUACCAUUUUUAGCACCAUUUGCUGUCUCUUCAUCUAGAGGCGAACCGACUAGAGCUCUUCUUUUGACAAUUGUGAUUUGUCAGUGUGGUAUUUUACUAGGUAAUGUGGAUUUGUUGGCACCAUUGCUUUCUAUGUUCUUCUUGAUGUGUUAUGGAUUCGUUAAUCUGGCCUGUGCUGUUCAAACGCUCCUAAGAACUCCCAAUUGGAGACCUCGUUUUAAAUUCUAUCAUUGGUCACUGUCCCUAAUUGGACUGACACUUUGUAUUUCGGUAAUGUUCAUGACGUCAUGGUACUUUGCACUCAUAGCUAUGGGAAUGGCUAUAAUUAUUUAUAAAUAUAUUGAAUAUAGAGGUGCUGAAAAAGAAUGGGGUGAUGGAAUACGUGGAAUGGCUCUUACUGCUGCUCGUUAUUCACUCCUGCGAUUAGAAGAAGGUCCUCCCCACACAAAGAACUGGCGCCCACAAAUUUUGGUUAUGGCUAAAUUGAACGACAAUCUAAUGCCAAAAUAUAGAAAAAUAUUUUCGUUUGCAACACAACUUAAGGCCGGAAAGGGUUUGACAAUUUGUGUUUCUGUACUUCCAGGAGAUUACAAUAAAAUAAAUUCCCAAGCAACGCAAUGCAAACAAUCGCUUAGAAAAUUAAUGGACGACGAAAAAGUUAAAGGUUUUUGUGAUAUUCUUGUAGCAAGGGAGAUCGAAGAAGGAAUAAGCUCAGUAAUACAAACGAUUGGGCUAGGUGGAAUGAAACCUAAUACUGUAAUUGUUGGGUGGCCAUAUAGCUGGCGACAGGAAAAUAAACAAAGCUGGAGAACAUUUAUUCAAACUGUACGCACAGUUGCAGCAUGUCAUAUGGCCUUACUAGUACCGAAAGGCAUUAACUUUUACCCUGAAUCUAGCCACAAGAUAUCUGGAAACAUAGAUAUUUGGUGGAUUGUACAUGAUGGUGGACUGUUAAUGCUGCUCCCAUUUUUGCUUAAACAGCAUCGUACGUGGAAAAACUGUAAGCUUAGAAUUUUCACAGUUGCACAAAUGGAAGACAAUUCCAUUCAAAUGAAGAAAGAUCUUAAAACUUUCCUAUAUCAUUUGCGAAUAGAAGCUGACGUAGAAGUUGUUGAAAUGAUGAACAGCGAUAUUUCAGCAUAUACAUAUGAGCGCACACUUAUGAUGGAACAACGUAAUCAGAUGUUACGUGAAUUGCGCUUAAACAAGAAGGAUAACUUUAAAGUUCUGUGGAAAUUCGUUGUAGAUGAACUAAAAAAUUAUAAGAUCUGGAAAAUAAGAAAAUCAAACAAAUGUUUCUUCUUUUAGUCGAUAAAUAAAUGCUAAAACCAAUGUCAGUUUGAAGAAUAGUGACAGCUAUCUUAAUUCUUAAUUGUUUUCAAUAACCGACGAAAAACGCACAAAAACCGAAUAAACCACUCACCCAACUAAUUUUUCAACUAUUUUCCGACAAGAAACACGAAGAAAAUUUGUUAUUUUUCAAUUAAUAAUUUUUUCAAAUGAUAUUUUAUGAAAACAAAUUUCCUGUUUACUGCGAUUGAAAUAUAAAAAUUAAAGGACACUGGGCACCAAUUUGGUGCCCAUUUUUGACUAACAAAUUUUGACAACGUUCGGAAGAUAUUACCUUAUUUUGUAUACUGUGGUUUGCUCCUGCCUGAGAUAUGUAUUUACAUUUAAAUUUUACGAGUCAGGUACUAAAAGCAUCAGAAAAAUAAAAAGAAAACUUUCUCGGUUCAUUUGCAUUUCCAGAUGUAUAUAAUGACUGGACUCUCUACAAACGGAGAUUGUCUUUCUGUAGAUGUAGAAAACAAAAAUUCUCUCACCAAAAUCAUAAAAGACUAUGAAAGCCAAGAAAACUUUGCAGCCACAGCGGGUAAUACCCGCAACCAGAAAACCAAAAUAAAACUUUAUCUUUUUUUAUAUUAUCUGCUCUAAUAUAUUUAAUAAACUAGCCCAAAAAAUUAAGGGAACAAAAAAAAAAGAUUUUUUUAGUGAUUUUCGACAGGCUGUAUCUCAGUAAAAAAAUGAUCGCAUCAUGACAAAUCAAAAAGUGAGUGAAAGCUACAUUAUUCUAGUUUUAGGAUUUUAUGACUAAAUAUUUUAUUUCUAACGGUAAAAUAGGUUAAUCGUUGGA